AGCCCAGGAGGGGUGGGGGAAGGGCGGGGGCGGGGGCGGCGCCGAGGGGAAUGAAUAAUUGAAGUGUAGGGGAGGAGAAAGAAGAAGAGGAGGAAGAGGAGGAGGCGGGAGCCGCCCGCACAGGGUCCUUCCCACUCCGCACCCCACCCCCCUCCGCCGCCCGGAAGUCGCUCCCCGCCUCCUGCUCCGCCAACAUGGCCGCGAAGUCGGAUGGAGCGGUGGCCGCGGCCGGCCCGGGGCCGGAGGGGGCGGCCGGAGGAGCUCGGGGCGGUGCGGGUGGGCGCGGGGAGGCGGCGGCGGCAGCCGGGGACCCCGGGGUAACCGGGGCGGGAGGCCCGGGGCCGCGCUACGAGCUGCGGGACUGCUGCUGGGUGCUGUGCGCGCUGCUCGUGUUCUUCUCCGACGGCGCCACGGACCUGUGGCUGGCGGCCUCCUACUACCUGCAGGGUCACCGCACCUACUUCGGCCUCACGUUGCUGUUUGUGAUCCUGCCCUCGCUUGUCGUACAACUGCUCAGCUUCCGCUGGUUCGUCUACGACUACACGGAGACCGCUGGGGCCCCGGGACCCGCAAUCAGCACCAAGGACAGCGGCACCGGCGGACCGGUCAUCAGCACCAAGGACAGCGCCGCCACCUUCCGUACCAAAGAAGGCAGCCCCGAUCUGGGCCCCCGACCUGAGCCCUCCUCGGCCAGCGCCUACCGCCGCCGCUGCCGCCGCCUCUGCGUCUGGCUACUGCAGACCCUCGUCCACCUCCUGCAGCUCGGCCAGGUCUGGAGGUACCUGCGCGCCAUGUACCUUGGGCUGCAGAGCCGCUGGCGCGGGGAGCGGCUGCGGCGCCACUUCUACUGGAGGAUGCUGUUCGAGAGCGCCGACGUGAGCAUGCUGCGCCUGCUGGAGACCUUCCUGCGCAGCGCGCCGCAGCUCGUGCUGCAGCUCAGCCUCCUGGUGCACCGCGGCGGCGCGCCCGACCUGCUGCCCGCCCUCUCCACCUCCGCCUCACUCGUGUCCCUGGCCUGGACCCUGGCCUCCUACCAGAAGGUGCUGCGGGACUCACGGGACGACAAGCGGCCGCUGUCCUACAAGGGCGCCGUGGCCCAGGUGCUGUGGCACCUGUUUGCCAUCGCGGCCCGCAGUCUGGCCUUCGCGCUCUUCGCCAGCGUUUACAAGCUCUACUUUGGCAUUUUCAUUGUGGCCCACUGGUGCGUCAUGACCUUCUGGGUCAUCCAGGGCGAGACGGACUUCUGCAUGUCCAAGUGGGAAGAGAUCAUCUACAACAUGGUGGUGGGCAUCAUCUACAUCUUCUGCUGGUUCAACGUCAAGGGGGGCCGCAGCCGCCGCCGCAUGACCCUCUACUACUGCAUCGUCCUGCUAGAGAACGCCGUGCUCACCGGCUUCUGGUACUCCAGCCGCAACUUCUCCACUGACUUCCACUCACUCAUUCUGGUCUGCGUCGUGGCCUCCAGCUUCGCACUGGGCAUAUUCUUCAUGUGUGUCUACUACUGCCUCCUGCACCCUAACGGGCCCCUGCUGGGUCCCCAGAUGCCUGGCUGCAUCUGCCCUGAGGCCCCGGGGCCCUGUGGCCCACCAGCUGAUGCUGUCACAAGUCCCCCGAGGUCCCUGCCCAGGACUACAGGCGCUGAGCGGGAUGGGGCCUCCGUGGGAGGUGAGCGUGCGGGGACCCCCACACCACCUGUCUUCCAGGUGCGACCUGGCUUGCCUCCCACGCCUGUGCCCCGCACCUUGCGGACAGAGGGGCCUGUCAUUCGGAUUGACCUGCCUCGUAAGAAGUACCCUGCCUGGGACGCUCAUUUUAUCGACCGCCGGCUCCGGAAGACCAUUCUGGCGCUGGAAUACUCCUCGCCUACGACACCCCGCUUGCAGUACCGGAGCAUCGGGAUCCCCCAGGAGCUGCUGGAGUAUGAGACCUCGGUGUAGGUCACAGUCUCCCUGCAAAAAGGGAUGAACUUUGGCCGAUCCCACAUCGAGCACAGUGUUGAGCCCAAAAUUUUAGGGCCACCAGGCUGAGGGGGAGUGGAUCUGUUGGUCCAAGGGUAGAGUGGUGCCCACCAUUGGGUUAUUUCAUGGGAGGGGACAGCCUUGUGGAGGCCCCAGGCCUUGGCCCUGUUUUCAGCCCUGUGGCCCACUUCCUAAACUCCCCUGAACCGGGGCCCAGGGAACCAACUGGUGCUACGCUCCUCGUGAGCUGCCCCACUUUCAUGGAGGCCUCCAUAUCACGGCUGGUGCUGAGGACCCCACACCCUCUCCCCUGCCUGGAGUUGCCCACCUGUCAACUCUGGUGGGCCCGCCAGAGAAGGGGGUCCAUGACCUAGGCCCUGUGCUCCUCAGGGGGCGUGGGGGUGGGCUGCCUCUGGGAAGGAUGGAGGAGGCCACGGAAGAUGUGGGGUGAGGCGGGAGCAUCUGGUGAACGAGGUUGGUACAGCUCCUGUGGGUUGAGGUCUGGAGCCUGGGCAAGAGGGGAGUUAAAGGAGGGAGUUGGGGUGGGGUGGGAAGUUGGGGUGGGGGGCUGACAGUGCUGGAGGUGGACAGGAGGGAGGACCCUGAGACAUUGGAGAGGUACAGGCUGGCAGAAGCAUGAAGGGGUGGCAGAUUUGGGGGAGGGCAACCUCGAUCCGGAGCAUAGAGAAUGUUCCUCAGGAGACAACCUUUGUUGUGGGCUCUUUUAUGGAUGAGGCUCCAGACACCUCAGGUGAAAUGUUUCAAGGAGCCAUUCUUUGUUCUAGGUGAGCAUCUAGAACAUUUCUUCUAGAUGAAGGUCUUGACCGCAAUAGAUGAACUGCCUAGGAAGAUACUCUGUCUGGGUUUGACUGUGGAUGAGGUUCUGGCACGUUUAGCAGGGAGACGGUUCUAGAGAGACAUUCUUUGUUCUGGAUUGAGUUCCAGGACACACGGCUGAUAAAACAUUCUUGGGAGUCACUCUGACCUGGAUUCUGUUAUAACGAGGUGCAGACGCUGGCACCCUGCUGCUCUGCUGCGGGGGAUUCUAGCCCCUGCCGUGGUGGUGGGGAAGAAGGCAUCAGAACCCUGUGUGAGUGGAAUAUUCUAGGAAAGGGUACUCCACUUCUAGACUUCUAGGGUUUAUAAGAGUUCUGUGCCCCUGUCCACUUCAGUCCACAGCCACCUUCCCGAGGAGAAACUGUCCUCAGAACUCCUGAGACAUUUCAACUGCCAACUGGUUUCCAGCUGGAGAAAAUUAGCUCUGGGGACAUGACAUGAAUCUUGGCUCUUAGCCACCUUGCAGAUGCAGCUCCCUGGGGCUGCAGCUGUAAAACUGACUUGUUUGGCCUCAGAUCUGACAACCCUCCAGGACCCAUGGUUCAUUCUCAUGGUCCAAACAUCCCAGGGCAUCCUUGGGACCACUCACCCAGUGCCCUUUCUCUCCACCUGGGACAACAAGUCCUGGAUAGCAUGAGGGGUAUGGGAGCUGAGAAGUAGGCAGUUCUGUGGGGUGAGGGGACAGAGCGCAGCUUGGAACCCCUCCCCACAAAUUCCUCCCUCCCGCAUGCCUACUAAGGUUCGUUCACUGCAAGAGCUCAGCAGGCGAUAUUAAGGACAGAUGCAGACCUGGGCUGGGGUGAAGUGGACAUGAGAAUUAGAGGGGCAAACUAUGCAAAUUAGAGGGGAACUUAGCCCUUUCUGGUUCAGCCUCCCUUGGGUUACAGAUAGGAACUGAGGCCCAGAGUGGCAACGAGUCUCACAAGGUCCUAGAUUCCUGGCUUUUCCAUCAGAAUGUGAAAGGUGAUAGUGGCUUUGCUAAGGAUGCUGGGAGAGGGCCACACUCAGGGUGCAGGGUGUCUCCAAAGGCAGAGAAGGCAGGACUGCACAUACACACACACAAAAGCACACAUCACCCCCGUGACACAAGUCACCUCCCCCCACCCAGCACCACAGGUGACUGCACAGACACCCACCCAGGCCGAAAUGGUGUGUGCAUCCCUCCCGUCAACUCACAGAGAGUGUUUUUCCUUCUUUCUUUCUUCUACUUCCCUGAUCCCUAAGAUGCCUCAGGAACCAGGCCUCAAGGUGGUGGGGGGUAGGAGAAGCCCAAGGCUGACCCAGAUUCCCUCUGGUGCGUUCCCCCAUCCUCUUUAUCCUCUGUCCAUCUGUUUUCAGAGACCAAAUUCCAUGGCCCUUUGUGAGAUGGGAGCAUUGAGGAUGUGGACCCAGAUCCAACCGACCGUUUCUCCUGGGUUGAUUGCCAGCAGUUUUCACUCUGGACUGUUUCACUUAAACUCUCCCCUGCCUACAACAGAGGUGUUAUCAAUCCGUCUUACAGAGGAGGAAACAGGCUCAGAGAGGGGACAUGAGGGUCAGCCUUGGCGAGUUAUUUUACUCCCAGUGCCCUAGAAUGGCUGCUCCAUUCCCCAGCAUCCUUGAAAGAAAAGUUAAAAAUCUCCUCCCUGGGAGUUGGGAGUCCUGACACUUCCAGGAGCUGCCCAGAGAACCAGAGAGUAGGGACGAGCAGGCAGUGCUGAGGCGUGGCUUGAGGCUCAUUUUUGGACUUUACUCCACCUCCACCCCACAUCUUCUCAAUCCCACAAAACCUUCCCUAAAGGCCUCUGCCUGCAAGGACACCUGAACACCAGAAACGGUCAUAGUCAAAGGGCCCGAGGAGAGGGCUACAGGCACCUUCUGCGUCUCACCCUCUGGAAAGAGCUCAGCCCCUUAAGGACUGCCCCCUCCCUCCACACCUAGGAGCUCAGGACCCCAUCCCUCCCAGGCCUGAGGUCCCUCUCUCUGCUGGCCUGUCCCUUACUUCAUCUUGUCCCUGCUGGUCCCCUUGUUUCACUGGGAUGGAGGUGUCAGAGUAGGGAAGGGGCACCAUCUCAUUCAAGCGGCUUUGUUUUCCUUUCUGUGACACAAUCUACCUCAGCCAGUCUCUCUUCCCUGCCAGAACUGGACACCCUGGGUCCCUGCCUCCUACUGCCCAUUCCCUGUCUUCCCCCCCUAGCCUGGCUGCUCAGCCCUUCCCAGAAUCCCUACAGCGUCCUUGCAGUGAGAGAAGGUUCACAGCCCAGAGGGGCCCUUAGUGUCUCUUAAGCCACCUACCCUCCACAUCCACUAUAAAGAAGAAAUGGAGGCACAGAGAGGGCCAGGGACUUGCCCAAGAUCACACAGGAAGUCGUGGCAGAGUUACGCUUUUCCUGGGGAUGAGAGGUAGUUGGGUCCAUCUUCAUUUUGCCAGGGAGAGAAGAGAACAGGAUGCUCUAGGUACCAAAUAUGUCAGGCCCUGCCAUGCUGUCAGUAUCUCAACCCCUAGGAGACCAUGUCCCCAUUCCCAGGGCAGAAAAAACUGGGCAGUCUCCCAGUUUUUUGGAGCUGAUGCCCCGGGCUGCUGACUGCGCUCCCCAAACCUCUCCAGGCAGCACACACCCCUCAUCAUACCCCCAUGCACUGAUGUUCCACGUGCCUUGUAACUAUCACCUGGUUGGACAGCACAGACCUCUACCCCUCCCCAGCAGGGGGCUCCCCAACAAGGAAGCCUUUCUUGGUCCUCUCCUUUCAUCUGCCUUAUCCUCGUAUCUCCCCCAAAUCUGCCUUACCCCAAGCCAGUUCCCUGCUACACCUGUGUCCUGCAGAGGUGUGUCACCCAUGAGAGUUGAAGAAAGCAGAGGGCAGGGAGGGCAAGGCCUGGUCCAGGUCUCAGGGUCAGGGCCAACAGGGCUAGGAGUAUCCAGGGAGGGAAGGUCUUGCCUGGCAGCCCCAGUGCCCUCCUAAGGGCUAAAGUCCCACAGGUCCCUUGGAGAUCACCUGGGCUGGGAAUUCACUGAAACCUCAGGCAGUGGGGAGAAGGUAUCUGAGUGCAUGGGUUGCAAAUUCAAAUGCCUCCAGUUAAUGAAAAUAAGAGUGGUAGAGGUGCUAGAAAAUAAAGUGGUGGGGACUCUGACAAACUGGAGAGUACGUGCCCUGCCUAUAGCCACUAAAGUUCAAAUUUUUGAAAAAUCCAGUGCGGGCCAAACUAAACACUCAUAUUUGACCGUGGGCCACCAGUUUGAAACCUCUGGUUCAAAAUGUUAAUAAGGUUCUGGAAAACCUUGAAGAGUCUGGAAACUCCUUUGAGACUUUUCUAGUCCAACCCUAAACCCCCAUGGCCUGGCCACCUGAGAACUGGCCCCACGCCCUCUCGACUGAAAAGACCAGGGAGGUCUGGGCAUCCACGAGGUCCCUGGCUUGGCAACCAUCAUCCGAUAAGGGCUGCAGGCCCCUCCAGUGACUGACAGGGUCAGCGUAAGGACUGGGGUCUUCUCCAGUUUGGGGGCCCCCAGGUAGGAGGAACCUGCACUGGGUCGGGGGAGAGUUCAGGUACAGGCAGAGGACUGAAAGCCAGGACCCAACUGCCCCAUCCUGUGCUGGGCCAUGCCACCCUUUGGCAUCCUGAGGAUGGCUCCCUCCCAGUUAUGGCCCACAGGGGGAGAAGCUAUCAAUUUCUGUACUUCCGUUCUUUGUAAUGUCUCAGUGAAAGAGAUGGCGUGAGUGCCAAGCCACGUGGGCAGAAGUGGGGAUGGGGUCUGCGGUCCCCCUUCCCAACCAGAGGGUCUUCUGAGACCCUGGGGCUGGGGAAAAAGACUCUCAAGUGCCCUUCUGGUUGGGGAGGGGCUAGGACAUUCCCGGGUUCUUGGUUGCUGCAGGUAGAGGCGAGGGGAGGAACAGCAGGAAAUUGUGGAAGUGGGAGAGGAAGGCCUGAUCUAGGGAUGGCCUGGUUCCUGGAAGCAGAAAACUCCCCGGUAUGUGUCUGUGUGGGGUGUGGACCUGCUGUGCCAGGCCUCCUCUACCCUUCCCUUCUCCCAGCAAGAAGGGGGCUGCCUUCUCCCUAGCAAUCCUGGCCUUUAUUCUAUGCACAAUCAUCGUUAAGGGCACCCCCAGGCCAGGCUGAAGGGGGGGUGGGCCCUGGGGCACCUGCAGUAAUCCCAGAGUGGAGGGUAGCUUGAGGCAAAGGGGGUGAGAAAGGCACUAGGUAGAAAAAUGAUAUUCUUCCAUCUCCCUCUCACCCAAAUCCCGGACUCCAAACCAGGCCUGUCUCCAUUUGUUUGGCUAAACAAGCCCACUUGGAGGGACCCCAUCUGAACAGCCCCCCAAACCCACUGUCUUUUGUGAACCAGUCAUAAACUAGCUGGAAGGGACCUGAAUGAUUCCCAGAUUCCCCCUUAUUAUCUUCACCCCUGAGGAUCCUAUAGUUUGGGAGAUUUUUCUCCCAAACUAGCCUCACUUCUUGAAGGAUAAUUAAUUUUCCCACAUUAAAUUAACUCAGACUGAGCUUCUGAUUGCAGAGAAAUGCUUCCAAGGCCUUGAGUUAGCUUCUAGGGCUUAAAGGUGGGGGGAAUAUCUGUAUCCUGUUGGCAUUUAAUACAUAAUUCUCAAGAGCACCUGUGGGCCCCAUUCUUGCCUCUGGGACCCCAAGUUAGGGAUCAGCGGCUUAAUCAUCCAGCGUCUGUUGAAUCAUCCUUCCCCUUCUGAAGGGGAAGGCCCAGAAGGGGUGGCCAGCAGAAGGCCACACAGUGAGUUGGGAGGGUGGGAUCAGAGCCCAGGUUCUUCGGGGUCCCACCAGAACACCCCCAGCCCUGAUGCCCCCUCUUCCACUUUUCCUCCAACUCCAGGAACCACUAGCCAUGCCCGAGGGGCUAAUUUCCCUCCCUCAGCACAAUUCCGGGUGAUUCUCCCAUCCAGAUUCUGUCUUCCCUCCCUAGUCGACCCCCACCCCUGCCCAAUUGUGUCUCCAAUCCCGAUCCCACCUCCUGGUAUUUACUGCAUCUGUGCCAUCCUCAGUCCCGAGACCCCACUCACCCCUCUGCCCUUCCCCCAGGAGGGGGAGGGGACCCCAAGCUGGGACUUCUGUACUGAGACUCUUUUGUACGCCACAAACUUUUUGUAUAUUUUUAAUUUUGCUGCAACAUGAGAUAUUAAAAGUCAUUUCAGUACGUGCUGUUUGCGUCUUAUUGUUUUGGCUAUUCUGCGCCAGAGAAAGAAGAUGAGGAAGGAGGGUGCGGGGAGAAAGGAUACCCUCUGCCACAACCCCUGCGGCUCCUGUGGCUCCCUUAAGAGACACAGGCAUUUGGCUGGAAGAGGACAGCAGCCUACAAAGCUCCCUGUUGAUUGGACAGAACCUCAAUCACUCAACCAGAAUGAUGGGUGGGGCCAAAAAUUUAGGGAUUUCCUCCAAACUCCUCGUUUUACAGGUAAGGGAAAAAAGGGACUGGGGACAGACUUUCUAGAGGUCAAAGAAUGAGUCAGUG